GUUUUAUCGUGGACAGUGCAGUCAGCUGAAGAAUUCUUGGCAGACAUUCCGUAUAUUGACAUAGACCCGCUGCCAGUAACCGAACAAUCAGCCGUUGUCUACAGCAUAUCAUGCAAAAAUUGCGAUGCGAGGUAUGAUGGUGACAAGGGCACACGCCUGGGCACAAGGUUGCACGAAAAUCAACUUGCAAUCAAUGACAAGGACGAGUUGUAUUUGGUCUGUGGUCAUGUGCAACAGCUGAACCACUUGUUUGCCUUUGAGAAAGCGAGAGUGAUCGGCAAGGCCAAUGAAAAGAUGGUCAUGCUACUGCCCGAAAUUUGUUCCUUCACUGGCACAAUCAACAGAGCUGUAGACUUGAACCUUCCCUACCAGGCGCUUCGUCCAAGGCUCAUACCAACUCGGACAGGGUCAGUUGGGCAGACGAGACUGCAGAACCGAAAGUCUACGUUCACGGAAAAAAUGGGAAGCGGUCGGAGGUCACUGUCUCAUCGACGCACCUUCGAAAUGGGGAACAACUCAGGCGAACAGCAACAAGUGAUGAUUCCGCCGGUUGACGUGGGGUAG